GCCUCCAUCAUGCUCCCCAUGGAGGUGGCUCUGGUGAGCGCGACGACAGGGGCCCUACAACCCGUCGUGGAGAAGCUAGCUGCUCUUCUAAGAGACAAGUACAGGCAUUUCAAGGGGGUGUGCAACUUUCAGCGCAAGGAGAUCGAGUUCCUCACCCGUGAACUUGUCGCAAUGGAUGCAUUUCUUUUGAAGAUGUCGGAGGAGGAGGAUCCUGAUGUGCAAAGUAAGGUUUGGAUGAAUGAGGUGCGUGAGCUAUCCUAUGAUAUGGAAGACUCAAUUGACGACUUCAUACAAUGUGGUGAUAACAAAGACACUAGGCCACAUGGUUUCAUGGAGAAGAUCAAGCACUCGCUAGGGAAGAUGAAGGUCCGUCGGCGGAUUGCCUGGGAGAUUAAAGAUAUGAAGAAUCAACUCAUAGAGGUGGGCGAGAGGAAUGCAAGGUAUAAGACUCCUCAAGCCUUCUCCAACACAAGAAAUGGAAGUGUUGAUCCUAGAGCUCUUGCUAUCUUUGAGAAUGCCUCUAAGCUUGUUGGAAUUAGUGAACCUAAGGCUGAGAUAAUAAAAAUGUUGAUGGAAGAUGAUCGAUGUGUAUCAACAGAACAGAAAUUGAAGAUCAUCUCCAUUGUUGGAUCUGGUGGAAUGGGAAAGACAACUCUUGCAAACCAAGUGUAUCAAGAUCUCAAAGGGCAUUUCGAGUGGCAUACUUUCUUAUCUGUGUCACGAAAUCCAGACAUAAUGAACAUCCUGAGAAUUAUUCUCAGUGAAGUUAGUGGUCAAGGUUAUGCCAGCACUAAAUCCGGGAGCAUACAACAACUAAUCAUCAAGAUCAACAACUCCCUACGAGACAAGAGGUACUUUAUUGUCGUUGAUGAUAUAUGGGACGUGGAUACAUGGGAUGUUAUUAAGCUAGCAUUCCCGAUGACCAGUUCUAGAAGUAAAAUAAUCACCACUACUCGUGUGAACAAUGUCGCUCAUUCAUGUUGUUUAUCAUUUAGCGGCCAUAUUUAUAAUAUGAGGCCUCUCGAUAUAGUGUACUCAAGGCAACUAUUUCAUAGAAGAUUAUUCAACUCCAAAGAAAAUUGCCCUUCAUACCUUGAAGAAGUUUCUGAACAAAUCUUGAAAAAAUGUGAUGGGUUACCUUUGGCCAUUAUUGCUAUAUCUGGUUUGUUGGCUGGCAUGGAAAGAACAAAGGAUCUAUGGAAUCAAGUGAAAGAUUCAAUUGGUCGUGCACUUGAAAGAAAUCCCAGCGUUGAAGGAAUGAUGAAAAUAUUGUCACUUAGUUAUUUUGAUCUGCCUGCUCAUCUAAAAACUUGUCUCUUAUAUGUUUGUAUAUUUCCUGAGGAUUCUGUUAUUAAGAGGAAGGAUCUUAUAAGGAGGUGGAUUGGUGAAGGAUUUAUUCAUAGAGAUGGUAGGCAUACUGUACUUGAGAUAGGAGAGAGGUGUUUUGAUGAGCUCCUCAAUAGGAGCUUGAUCCAACCCGUGAAGACAAAUGAAUAUGGUGAAGUGAAGACUUGUCGAGUUCAUGACACCAUUCUUGAUUUCAUCAUAUCCAAGUCGAUAGAAGAGAACUUUAUUACUUUACUUAGUGUUCCCAUGCUGACACUUGGGACACAAAGCAAAGUUGUUCGUCGGCUCUCCCUACAAGUCGGCAAACAAGGAGAUUCAGCAUUACCAAUGGCAGGUAUGGUGUUGUCUCGAGUCCGGUCACUUAAUGUGUUUUGGAGAUACGUGGAAAUACCCUCUUUGGAGGAAUUCAGAUGCCUGCGUGUUCUCUACUUGAAGCAUUGCUACCAAUUGGAAGAGCAUCAUCUUGAAAACAUAGUGGGCUUGUUCCAGCUGAGGUACCUGAACCUAAGCAAGACGAGAAUAAGGAAGCUCCCAGAACGAAUCGGGUGCUUAGGGUGCUUGGAGACAUUGGAAGUACGAGGCACCAAUGUAAAGGAAUUACCCACAUCAAUAGUUAAUCUGAAGCAAUUGGCGCAUAUACAUGUUGACCUUGCUGUUAAAUUUCCUGAUGGGAUUAUGAAGAUGCAAGCACUCGAGACGUUUAAAGAUGUCUUUGCCUGCAGGCAGCCAUUUCACUUCCUAUGGGGCCUUGGUCACCUAAAGAAUCUGAGGCAUCUGGCCCUUCAUUUCCAAGGUGAGGAUGCGAACUUGGUUCGGGAAAAUCGAGAGGAGUGGAAAGCUAUCAUCUCUUCCCUGUGUAAGCUUGGCACCCAAAACCUUCGAUCUCUGACUAUUUGGGAAGGUAGCAGCUUCUUACAGGAACAUUUGUGCAUGCAUACCCUCGAGAAACUUAUUACCUGGUAUUCACCCGUUCCACAGGUUCCAAAAUGGUUUAGCUCCCUCAGAAACCUCAGGCAGCUACGCCUUCAAGUGGAGGAAGUCAAGCAGAAUGAUAUCUGCAUCCUUGGAGCCUUACCCGCUCUACUCAUUCUCCAUUUGAUGGAAACAACAGGGUCAAGUGAAAAGUUGAGAAUCAGCGGUGAAAUUGGGUUUCAAUUCUUGAGGAAUUUUAAUUACUUUGCAAAUUGUCACUCGGUAGAUCUGAUGUUUUCGGCAGGAUCCAUGCCCAGGCUAGAAAAACUUGCCCUUAUUCGUUUGGUCAUAGUUGAAGCACACUCUCUUGACAUUGGAAUCGAGAAACUCGCCUCUCUCAUUACCGUCGAAUGUGAAGUGAUUGGGAAAUGUGGAAUUAUUGAAGCCGUAAGGACUGCCGUGGAGAGAACAGUCAAGACACAUCCCAACCACCCUGCUCUAUUCUUCAGACGCAUUUCUAGCUAUAACAGCAGUUCUUUUGCUGGGCAACUCUCUAAGAUGUCACUCUGUGUAUGUGUGUCCCAGUGA